GAACAGAAUCUCUGCUCGGAUGUCCGAUCUCUAACCCUAUUUGCGCAAUUUGAACUUUAUCAGUCUAGAGAAAGCUCUUCCCCUUUUUAUAUUAUUUAGUUAUAAUAGGUAAUUAAGUUAAAUGGACAAAAAUAAAACUGCCGUUUUGAAAAGCUUUUACUAAGAAAUACUGUUAAAACUAAAAGACAUGCAUGCCUUUCUUGCUGAGUUGGAUGACAAGCUUCCAAAAGUCGGGUGGUUUAGAAAUUGUCUAAUUACUCUUGGUGUUGGUACAAGUGUUUUGUUUUGCUGUCGCUUUUAUCUUGCUUUUAGACGUGCAAAGUGCAAUAAUAAAGUGUUGUUGUCAGGAAAGACUUGCAUUAUUACAGGUGCUAAUACUGGUAUUGGAAAAGCUGUAGCACUUGAAUUUGCUCGACGUAAAGCAAAAGUUAUUUUGGCAUGCCGAGAUGUUCAAAAAGGUAACGAUGCAGCUAUUGACAUUCGAAGAUCUAUCAAGGACGCAAAUGUAAACGUCUAUCAACUUGAUCUUGCAUCGUUUACUUCUAUUAGAAAGUUUGUGCAACUAUAUAAAGAAAAUGAAAAUGCUUUAGACAUUUUAGUUAACAAUGCUGGUCUCAUGUAUGCACCGUUCACCAAAUCUGAAGAUGGCAUUGAGUUGCACUUUGCUGUGAAUCAUUUAGGGCAUUUUUUACUAACAAAUCUGUUACUUGAUUAUAUGAAUAACCAUUCAAGAAUUAUUGUUGUGUCAUCAGCUCUUUAUAAAAAAGCUCAGCUAGAUCUUAUAAACUUUAAUGAGGAAGAGAUAUAUGAUGCUUUUCAGGCAUAUGGAAAAAGCAAACUUGCAAAUAUUUUGUUUGUUAAUGAACUCCAACAUUAUUUGCCACCUCACUUGGAUAUUACGGCUAAUUCUAUGCAUCCUGGUGUUGUAUGGACUGAGCUAGCUCGUUACAAGUUGUCAAAUUUUGUAACAAAACUUCUAUACAAUUUCUUUGGAUUCUUUUUUUUAAGAACACCUGAUCAAGGAGCGCAAACAAUUAUUUAUAUGGCAACUGAUCCUAGUUUGAAAAGUAUAACUAACCAAUAUUUUGGUGAUUGUCAAAUCGAAGAACUUUUACCACAUGCUAGAUGUGAAAAAAGAAGUUCAAAGUUGUGGGAAGUAUCAGAAGAAUUAACUGCCUCAAAUUUUACGAGAUUUACUAAAUGAAAUUUUUAUUUUUCAAUCUAGUUUAACUCUAAUUUAUAUUUAAAAAAUUAUAUAUUUUAUAGUCUAGCUUUACAUAUGAUGUUUUACAGAUUGUUAAAUCUUCUUCAA